GCCAGAUACUUUUCUCCAACUGCUGGCGCAAGGCUAUGCAGCAAUUGGACUAGAAUGUCAAGCAAGGCAGCCCUGAAAGCGGUGCGAACAGCACUAGACUCGAAAGACUUCGAGCUUGCGGCCGAGAAAGCCAAAGCUCUUGUGCAACAAGAACCUCAAAACUACCACGCGAAUGUUUUCCUAGGUCUUGCGCUCGAUAAACUCAACAAGACAAAAGAUGCGGAAAAUGCCUACCUCGCAGCAACCCGUGCGAAAGAGAACGACAAGAUAGCAUGGCAAGGACUGAUCAGUCUGUAUGAAAGGCAAGGAAACAACAGACUAGACUCUUAUCGCGAGGCGGUUAUCAAACUUUGCCAGAUCCUUGCUGAGGCAAAUGACCGUCGACGCUGCGAAGAAAUUGUUGAUAAAUAUGUCAAAUUCACAAAGAAAAAUGGCACACGGUCUCAAUGUCGAAAGGCCCUCGAACUACAUUUACCGUCGAGUCCCAUCUACGAUGUCCUAGAGGGUCUCAUCCCGCAUCCUGCGCAUACCUAUCUUCGCCUCAUAGAGAUGACCGAAGCGGAAGAAAAAGAAUUCAUAAACAGAGAGAUAGGAGAAAGACGUACACGACUGGGUGCGCGCAUUGAACAAGUUACACUGGAAGUGAAGAGGGAGGCCUUCAGGCGGAGCGAACUCGAACAGCUUUAUCGCGGAAUUGUGGACUGGAGCCAUGACGAUGAGGUCCGGCGUACAUAUGAAGAGAAGAUAUUAGAGCGGGGCUGCGAUGUUCUCGCAGUUCUUCCGGCAAACGAAAAGAAAGCGAAGCGCGAGGAGGUGUGGGUGGCAGCUCGCGAUAUGGUCAUUAUCAAGCACCCCUUCGAGCUCGCGUGGAGAAUCUUUCUUGAAUGGCAAGAUAUCCAAAGCUUCUCAGAGUGGGAUCACAACUUUUUACAAGACUUUAUCGAAUUCUUCCCAGAAGCGGGUCUUACUAGAGUCCUGAAAGGUUUCCUGGCCAGCAACCUUUCACCAUUCCCAAAGGAGACCAAAGACCCCAAGGCGAAGGACAAAGAUUCUAAGGCAAAGGAACAGGACGCCGAGGAUGAAAGUGACGAGACGAAUGAACUCGGUGUUCAAGACAGUAUUUUGUUGAUGGUCGAAGGACUUGAGAUGUCUGGAUCCUCAAUUGUUGCGCAUCGCAUCUUGGGUGAAUUUUACUUGACCCUUGAAGAGUACGAGAGCGUUGUGGAUGUGUCUCGCAAAGGACUUCGCAACAUUCAAGAUCUGGUCAAGAUGUCUGGCAUGAAGCUUCAAAAGACCACUGAUUGUAUGAAUAUUGCCCUUGCAAACGCCCUGAUCUACUAUCAGUCGCCCCGGAACCACACUGAGGCCAAAAUCAUAUUCGAAGAAAUCCUCAAAAGAAAUCCAAAAUCCACGAGCUGUCUACUUGGGAUUGGGCUUAUUCUCAAGGUAGACGAGGAUUAUACUGAGGCCGUCAACUUCCUGGAGCGUGCUCUGGCACGAGACCCAUCGAACCUCAAGGUUCGUGCCGAGCUGUCCUGGAGUAGGGCACUAACCGGUGAUCUGACCUCUGGACUUCAUGGCCUCCAAGAUGUGCUUGAAGAACUACAAAACUCGGAUUCGGAGAAUAGAGAUUUUAAAUCAGAAACUCUUUAUCGUAUUGGUUAUUGUCAGUGGGAGUUGGAUCCAUCACCUGCCGCACGCAAGGACCGCAAUGGUGCCUACGCUAAUUUCCUUGCGUCAAUCCAGACUAACAUUAAUUAUGCACCUGCCUACACUAGUCUCGGGUUGUUCUACGCCGAUUACAAGAGGGACAAGGGCAGGGCGCGAAGAUGCUUCCACAAAGCCUUUGAGCUAUCGCCAUCCGAGAUCGAAGCAGCGGAGAGGCUCGCAAAGGCAUUUGCGGAUCAGAAAGAGUGGGAUCUUGUUGAAGCUUUGUCACAACGUGUUGUGGAUUCCGGCAAAGCUAAACCUGCACCGGGAUCGAAACGACGGGGUUACAGCUGGCCAUAUGCUGCUUUGGGCACUGUCCAGAUUAACAAGCAGCAAUAUGCCAAGAGUAUCGUCUCAUUCCAGGCAGCUUUAAGACUGUCACCCGGCGAUUAUCAUUCAUGGGUUGGCCUAGGAGAGAGCUACCACCAUUCCGGCCGUUACAUUGCCGCUACGAAAGCGUUCGAGCACGCCCAACAGUUGGAGGACUCCCUUUCCAACUCAGAUAAGGAACAAGUCUGGUUCGCACGGUACAUGCUAGCGAAUGUCAAGCGGGAGCUUGGAGAUUACGACGAUGCUAUUGCGAGAUAUGAGGAUGUCCUGAGCAUCCAUCCGAAUGAGUUCGGCGUGUCUAUUGCACUACUCCAUACACUCACGGAAAGCUCUUGGAAGAGCCUCGACCAGGGACUUUUCAACGACUGCAUUGAACUUGCCCGUAAAGCGAUUCUUGUAGCAACAUCUCUAGCCCUGGAAAGGGUCGACAUCUUCAAUUUAUGGAAAGGUGUAGGAGAUGCCUGCUCAAUCUUCUCCUAUGUCAAGUCGAAGGCUGCAAGAGCCCCAAUCAAUGAAGUACAGAAACUACUCUCUACUCAGCUUGAGUCUGCAGUCUUCGACAUCCUUACAGAUGUCGAUGAGGUCGGACAAGAUCGUCUGUCAGAAUUGAAAAAUGCAGAUGAUGAGACCUGCAGUCUAUCGGAUAGAUGUAUGUACGCCUCGAUUCUGGCAUACAAGCGCGCCAUCCAUGUGUCAGCACAGGACAUUCAUGCUCAGGCGGUUGCUUGGUAUAACCUUGGCUGGUCAGAAUACAGGGCAUUCAGAUGUAUGCAAGUGUCUACGGGCCAAGGCAAGAAGCAAUCGCGAAAGUUUUUGAAGGCCGCAAUCCGAUGCUUCAAACGGGCCAUUGAGCUGGAGGCUGGGAACUCUGAAUUCUGGAACGCACUUGGUGUAGUGACUACCAGUAUGAGCCCGAAGGUCGCACAACAUGCCUUUGUGAGAAGUCUUCAUCUCAACGACAGAACUGCGCAAGUCUGGACCAACCUGGGGGCACUUUACCUCAUCCACAAUGACAUCCAGCUUGCAAACGAAGCCUUUACUCGAGCGCAAUCUACAGAUCCAGACAAUUCCCAAGCUUGGAUUGGGCAAGGUUUCCUUGCACUUCUUUUCGGUGACCCACGGGAAGCCAGGGGUCUGUUUGAGCAUGCCUUUGAUAUCUCCAACUCGUCAGUUCCAUUGCCUAAGAAGCAGUACACGUUGAGCUUGUUCGAUCAUCUUAUGUCAGAUUCGUCGGCUUCGAAUGAGGUUUCAGAGCUGAUCCAACCGUUCUUUGCACUCCACCAGCUCUGUUCGCAAGAUCCGUCCGAUUUACCCUUCGUGCAUCUGUCCUCUCUUUUGGCUGAGAGAAUUGGCGAACUGUCAGACGCAGAAGCCAGCCUACGGGCCCUCUGUACCGCCGUAGAGGCAGAAUACGAGGUGUCGGAGUCAGCGUCAUCCCUCUCUAAAUACGCCCAGGCGAACGCGGAUAUUGCUCGUGUCCUCCUUGCACGUCAGGAAUUCGAGGAAGCCGCCGAAAAGGCGGAGACAGCGCUCAUGCUGUCUGGGGAAGAAGACGCCGAGAAGUUCGAUCCAGAAACGAACAGCAGGCUGCGUUUGUCAGCCCACUUGACCGCGGGCCUGGCGCAUUAUUAUCUACGGAACAUGGACAGUGCGAUUGAUAUGUUCCGUGACGCUCUCCAGGAAGCGGACAAUGCGCCUGAAGUGGUAUGCCUUCUCGCACAAGUGCUAUGGGCUAAAGGCGGCGAGGAGGAACGGGCCGUCGCUCGCCAGCAGUUAUUCGACUGUGUGGAGAACAACCCCGAACAUGUCGGGGCUGUCACACUACUGGGCGCCAUCGCGAUCCUCGAUUCCGACAAGGAUGCCAUUGAGGCCGUCGAAUCGGACUUGCAGAUUAUGAUCACGAGAGAUGAUAUUGAGAUUCACGAACAGGCUAAGUUGGUCAAGCUUUUAACAGCCAUGUCUACCUUAGGGUUCACUGAUAACUCUGGAGUUCCCGAGGAGACAAGACGCAUUGGAGAAGCUGCGGCAGCCGUGAUGAGAUCACCUUACCAGCCUCAGGGGUGGAUGGAAUUGGCAGCAGCCUCCGAUGAACCAUAUCCCGCGGAGAUGGGCGUUAAGAGAGCUUUGCGCAGCGUCCCACCCCGGGGCAACCUUGACGCCGUUGACCUAUCUACCGCAUAUGCACAGACCGGAAAGGCGAGUGACGCACUCCGGGCGAUUAUGAUUGCCCCAUGGAAACAGCAUGGGUGGGAAGAACUGAAUCACACGGUGUCUGCAACAAACUAGUGUGAUGGCUUCCGCCUGAUGAGAGUUGCGCUUAUAGAUAGUCGAGCAGGGCAUCCUGCAACAUGUCUGCUGUAGUUAGAGCAUGAGUGAUGAAAUAGAAGCAUCCCGACAUACCUUAGACACUACUCAAGGACAGGCCUUGUAGUCGUAAACCCGUUCUCAAGCCUUCUACUCCCCCUGCAUUUCCGUGAUCCGUGCUAUCAGUCUCUCCUUUCUACCCUCUCUCCACGUCUGGUCCAAGGAAUCAAUCUUUCCCCCAAGGAGCGUAACAGAUUCCGGUGUCAACAACACCAUCCCACGAGCAACCGUCACAUUGCGCAACACUAACUUAGCCCCAAUGGGCAAUUUCCCCAGCGCAAUACCACUAACCGGCUUCAACUCGAUAGCGACAGCUUUCGUCCCCGCUGCAUCUUGAACGACCAACCGGUGCGGGCCAUUGCUAUUUCCCGUUUCUGGCUGCGCAGAAGUACGAUUCCCACCGGUACCCUCCGCGUUCUGCUCCGGGUCUGCGUCCACAUUAAUCGUCCGCACAAUCUCCCGUCCUCGGAUCGCCUCUCC